AUGAGACAAAGCGAGCAAGCCGAACACCAUAAAAUAUCAAGAGUCUCACUAAAAAGUCCUCAAGCCAACGACGAAAUAAUUAAGGGCAACAGUUCCCCGUAUUACAGGGCGGACAACAACCAUUUCCAGUGCGAUCGCUACGUAUCACCACCGCCCCUAGAAACAGUCACUGGCCUGCAUCUAAAGGAAAAGACUGACAAAACACGGUCGAAAAAGCUACGGGAAAAACGCAUCACCACAAACAAGCUUCGUGCCAGGGGGAGUAGGGAGCACCAAAAACAAGUUUCGAUAGUCUUAACAACUUAUCCACGGACAGGAGUAAAGGAGUCAAUUCCCUUAUCACAAAUGGUUUCGAACCAUCGUUAG